UCAAGUGACCAACUACCCCCUACUUACUUUUUCCUCCACCACAGAACUGGCAAAAUGUUUGCAGCUUUGAAGUAUCACUCAACAGACUAUUUAUAUGAGAGCAUGGCAAGGCAGAAGUUUUCCAUCUGGAAAUUAUCACUUUGCUUUCCUCCCUGUUUACAUCAAGAUGAAAAGUAUCAUUUCAAUGGACUCUUUGCUGAUGAUAAGUAUAGGAAGCCAUGGACUAGAAUUGGUUCAACACAGAACAUGAUGGCUAUUUCAGUAUUGGAUCAAUGGAAGAAAAGUUCACCUGUGGAGGAUUUCUUGGAAAAGAAACCUAUCUCCUCUGUAGAGUUUCAGACUAGUAAUGAUUUAAUAGAAGUUAUUCCAAGUUCAAAUCCUUGCUCUCAGAUUGACACAGAAGAAUCUUUUUUACUUAUGAAGAAUGGUUUUAAGGAAGACUCCACCCAAGACAAAUAUUUCAAGAUUUACUAUGCUGCUGAAUUUAAAGAAUCACAGCAAGAUUUAUGUUUGGAAGAGGAGUUUGUUUUUAUUGAUAAUCUUGAACAUUUUUGUAAAAAAUUGCCAACUUUAUCUGUACUUCAGAGCAGACUACAGUUUUUUUUAGUGAAAGAUCCCCUUUUGGAUUCUGAAGGACAGUUUUUAACAGCAGAGAAUAUUUUCAGAGAAUGUUUGACUUUCCAAAAUGGAGUGAAGAUGGAAGAGAGUCAAAAUGAAUUGCAGGGAAUUGAAGAGAGUUUCUGUACUGUAUCUCUGAAAGACGAAGAGUAUUUCCUGUUGCCUGUUGAUUUAGAAUUCGGCAAACCUAACAAUGGCAGAUCUGAUUGUGUUAAGAUUCCAUCAUACUUGCAGCUAAAGGAGGUGUUAAAUUUAGCUCCAGUCACUGUAGGUGAUGAAGACCUUUGCAAACAAGUGAUCGGAGAAGAUCUCAAAGCAAAAAUUACAAACAAAAUAGAAAUUUCCAAGUAUUGUACCAUUCCACAAGAGGUUUGCUCCAGUAUUAGCACAAGUAUGUUGGAAUUCUGUGCAUCAGCUGAAUAUAUUCCAUAUUUGAAAGAUGAAAUGGAAGUGCCUUUAACUCCUCCAUGCAGACAGCAAAGAUCAUGGGUUAAUUUUCUGUGCAGAGGACUUCAAGAAGAACCUAUUUCACUCUCUGGUAACAGUAUUUUGAUUGCAGAGCCCUCUAGGGAAUUCUUAGAAUCUUUGAUAUGGCAAUCAGAGAAGUAUCGGGAUAAUAUGAGCUCUCUUUUGCUUGUCGAGCGUCCAGCUGUUAGCCUUGCACAUCAGCAUCAUUCACUGAGAGAACUGCAGAAAAUGAUGCCACUUGAGGUUGAAGCACCAAUGCUUGGCUCACUAGAGGAGGGCUGGUUGCUUCAUAGGGGUUUACAUCCAGCAGUUGUAGAAAUUUUGGAACAAUUCAAUAUGGAUGGAAGUAAUGCAAACAGUCUGCUUCCUACAGAAGUAGAAACAUUCACACAAUUUACAUCAUAUCAAUUAGAAAGAUGGCUUGAGGAGAAGAAUUCUGUGACAAACCAAGAGCUGCUUUCUGCUGGAAGACAUCAGUCAGAGAAAGUAGUUAAUCCUGACUUGUCACUGCAGAUUCAAAGGCAGAACUUUGCCCUGAGUGGUCUGUCACCUGCCAAAAUUCACAGUACAAGUACAUCUGUGGCAGAGCUUACUGGAGGAAGCAUAAGCAAGAUUAAGACAGAAGAGGCAAUUUUCUUCUUAAACCAAGAAAAGAAAACCCUCAAACCAUCUGAAUCAGACAGCUGUAAAGAUGUGUCUUCUAAACUAGACAAAUCAUCCUGCAGUGGAAAGUCUGCAUCACUUGCACUCGUUUCUAAAUGGGCCAACGAUGAUUCUGAUCUGAACAACUUUAUUAUGAUGAGAUCUAAAUAUACAGUCAUCCAAAGAGAGGAAAAACAUUAUGUAGAUAGACCUGAAAAAGUGAUACAGCCUGAAGAGCAGCAUAUGAGUGUUCUCAAAGAGGAUGAUUCUUUUUGUGAGACUCUAAAAACAGAGGAAAAAAACCAAGAGAAUAAAGACAGUAUCACUGUCAAUAUUCAACCAUCAGAAAGCCAAUGCCAGGCAUACUGCCUCUUGGAAGAAGCAGCUAUUCCUGUACUAAAAGAUUUGACACACCUGGAUAUACUUGCUUCUGUUACUUGGAGCUUUGACAGUGUUAAAUUUGAUCACACAAGGUUUUUCUUAAAACAGCAAGAGAAAGUGAUAUGUGAUAAUUUUAAACAAGGUAAAAUAGAUGAGAAGGAGAUCAUGCUAUUCAGACAUGCUGCUCUGGUACACCUGCUGGUGACAGUUCGAGAUCUGCUGCUAACAUGUGGCUUGGAUACAGCUCUAGGUUAUUUGUCCAAGGCAAAGGAUUUCUAUAAAAACAUUUUAGAAUCCUGUUUGAAUAAUAUCUGGAGGCAGCUGAAGAUUGUACAGUACAGCAGCCAGAAAAAGCAUGAAACAAAUCCCAAAGUAACAUCACUUCAGUGUGAAAUGUUAAAUUGGAUGAAAAGUUGUGGAGAGAAACACAGUGUUAAGAUACUAAUCAUUACAAGGAUGGACUCUGAAAGAGAAAAAGCUGCCUUCAUUCACCCAUUGUCUAGGAUAGAAGGUUUGAAAACUGUGGAUUUGAAUUCUGAGAAAAAAGGAAGCCCUUUAAGUUGUAAAGAGAUCAUAAGCAAUCUUAGUAGGUAUUCCUGCAUUAUUGUACAUAACCAGCAAAUUGGAGCUGACUUCCCUUGGACGCACUUCUCACUAGUAAUGGAAUACGAUUAUUCUGAAAAUUCUGGCUGGAAAAAUCUGUGCAAAAAUCUGAAUGUUACUUACAUGACUUUUAAAACCACCCUCCCUGAAAUAAUACAAAUGGGGAAUCAUGGUGGUUCCUUUCUUCUGGAAGUACAGAUUCCAUAUGUAUUCCUGACAACUGAAGGUCUUAUUAAUAUGCCAGAUAUUCUUCAGCUUUUUGAAUCCAAGUACAGCAUUACCUUUGUUGAAAGAAGCAGCAGUUGCUCCUUAAGGCUCUUUGGAAGUACAGAUCGAUGUGUUGUGCUGACAAUAGAUGAGUGCACUGCUAUCUUUCUGCAGAGUGUCGAAGAACUAAAUUAUGAGGACUCCUGUGACACUGUAAUAUCAAGGCUGGUGGCAUUAUCACUCCAAUAUAUGUGCUGUUGGAUUAUUUUCUAUUCCAGAGAAAGACUGAGUUUAGAGUACAGUCUCAAGGGUAAUACUCUGCUUAACCUUGUCUUAAUUUAUGCCACUCUAAUUGAACUUACACAGAAGUCAGAAGACUUUGAAGUAAAGGUAGUUCUUACGCCAGGGAUUGAAGAGGCAGCGCUGGUAAUCCGUCAGAUUGCUGAUAACGGCUUGAUAGCAUCUAAUGUCAGUCCUCAUGAGUGGCUGGACAAAUCCUGGCUUUCUGUCUUGCCAUCUGAGCCAGAGAAAUGCCUGCUUACUUUUCCAUGUAUCAAUCCUUUGGUUGCUCAGUUUAUGCUAAAGAAGGGAUCUUCACUGAACAGGUUAUUUCUUGCAAGCUUUGAUCAACUCCAGGAACUUCUGCCACAGGCUCCAAAAAAAAUUUUAAAGCAUUUCAGUGACAUAGUAUCUUCAUACAGCCUAAAUACUGCUGCUCCUCUAGAAAAAACAGUGACAGGUGCAUCACACACAGAAAACCAGAAUAACUUCAACACAUCGUAUCUUGAUAAAAAACAAAAUUGUCAGAUUUUAGAGCUACCAGGAACAUCUCUUAUGAAUUCUGAAGCCCUAAUUCCUCCACUGAAUCUUCAUAAGAGUUUUUUAAAGUCUGAUCUUCCAAGUUGUAUGCAAAAGAACGCAUGCUCCUCAGACGUAAUUACAAGGAGAAAGCUGGAUUUCUCUGCUGUAUCAAAGGACUGUGAAGAUUUUGCUCAUCUAGAAGUUAAAAAUUCUCUCCAUAUUAAAAGACAGCCUUUCAGAAUGCAUGAUAGCUCUGAUCAUGCUUCCAAAGACUCUGAAAAAGAGGAUUUCUUCGCAGCUUUCAGUGACUGCGCACCUCAGGAGAGCUCUAGGAGUUUUCUAGAUGAAUUUAGAGACACAACAUUUAAAAGCCUAAAAAUUCAGACUGACCAGCCCCUGUGGAAUGAGGGGCCUUCAUCCACUGGCCCACGUAACUCAUUUGUUCAAGAUGGUUUUCUCUCUGAUUUCUUUAAUGAUAUGGAUGAGCUUCCAAAUCUGAAUUUUAGCCAAAUAGGUGAAACAUCUAAAGGAAAGAGAAAACAAAGACCUUCAUUCUUAUGGACAAAAGAAAAAAUUAAAACAGAUUCAGGAUUUUCAGAAGUACAGGCAUUCAAAAAAAGGAGAUUGACAUAUGAAAGAGUCCCUGGAAGAAGAGAUGGACAAACACGUCUUAAAUUCUUUUGA